CCAUAUUGUGCGGCGGAGCCGGCGGCGGCCGCAGCGGCUGAUCUCCAAGUCUAUCUCCGACCGCGGUCCGCGGAGCCCGGGGCACGGGCCGAAGCCGAAAUGUCUCAGGCUGUGCAGACAAAUGGAACUCAACCACUAAGCAAAACAUGGGAACUCAGUUUGUAUAAAUUACAACGAACACCUCAGGAGGCAAUAACAGAUGGCUUGGAAAUUGUGGUUUCACCUAGAAGUCUCCACAGUGAAUUAAUAUGUCCAAAUUGCUUGGAUAUGUUGAAGAGUACCGUGACUACAAAGGAGUGUUUACAUCGUUUCUGUGCAGAUUGCAUUGUCACAGCCCUUAGAAGUGGCAACAAAGAAUGCCCUACCUGUCGGAAAAAGCUAGUUUCCAAAAGAUCACUAAGGCCAGACCCAAAUUUUGAUGCUCUCAUCAGCAAAAUUUAUGCAAGUCGUGAUGAGUAUGAAGCUCAUCAAGAGAGAGUAUUAGCCAGGAUCAACAAGCACAAUAAUCAGCAAGCACUCAGUCACAGCAUUGAGAAAGGACUGAAGAUACAGGCCAUGAACAGAUUGCAGCGCGGCAAGAAACAGAUUGAAAAUAGUAGUGGAGCAGAAGAUAAUGGUGACAGUUUGCAUUGUACCAAUGCCUCCACACACGGCAAAGGCCCUAGUAACAAAUGGACCAAAACCUCUGAUGAUUCAGGGCUUGAGCUUGAUAAUAACAAUACAGCAGUGGCAAUUGAUCCAGUAAUGGAUGGUGCUAGUGAGAUUGAGUUAGUGUUCAGGCCUCAUCCGACGCUUAUGGAAAAAGAUGACAGUGCACAGACAAGGUACAUAAAGACUUCAGGUAAUGCCACUGUCGAUCAUUUAUCCAAGUAUCUGGCUGUGAGGUUAGCUCUAGAAGAACUUCGAAGCAAGGGAGAAUCAAACCAGAUGAACCUUGAUACAGCCAGUGAGAAGCAGUAUAUCAUUUAUAUAGCAACAGCCAGUGGCCAGUUCACUGUAUUAAAUGGCUCUUUUACUUUGGAAUUGGUCCAUGAGAAAUAUUGGAAAGUGAACAAGCCCAUGGAACUUUAUUAUGCACCCACCAAGGAGCACAAAUAAGUUUUUAAAAUAAAUUCUGAGACUGAACUUUUUUAUAGCCUUUUUCUUUAAUAUUAA